AAGAUUGGGGCUGAUUACGCUGAUAAGCGCUUCAUAAAAGGUGCAGUUUGCGGGGACACGGCUUCACUCAGCAGCCAUGACCUUCUGGGCGCUUCUCUCUGCGCUGGUGCUGCUCCACAACGCUGGAGAGUUGCUCGGAGCCCAGGUGAGGAGCUCCAUCGUGGAUGGGAAGGAUGCUGAGCCAAACAACUGGAAAUGGAUGGCCUACUUGAAGUUCAUGAAUGAGGACAAAGAGAAGUGGGGCUGCGGCGCCACCAUCGUGUCCAAGUACUGGGUGAUGAGUGCUGCGAGCUGCUGGAAAAGAAAAUCUGCACCAGUCCUGAGGAAGACCGUGCUUACUGUGGGCUUAAUAGACCUGCAAAACGAAGCUGACCAAUUCAUCGGCAUAGACAGGAACCCCCAAAUCCAUGGCGUGGCCGACCUGGCUCUGUUCCACACAACGGACCCGAUCCAGAUGAACGCCAAAGUCGGGCUGAUAAGUCUGCCCACCAAAGACAACUUCGGAGCAUCUUCUCUGUGCUGGAUCAUGGGCUGGGGAGACGUUAGGAAAGGAACUCCACUGAAGAAACCACAGAAACUUCAGCAGCGGCAGAUUUCCAUCAUCUCUAAAAAGGAUUGCAAGGACAAGCGCCCGGGGCUGGGUUCCAAUAUGCUGUGUGCAGAGGACUACGCCUGCGACGGGGAUUAUGGCGGCCCGCUGGUGUGUAAGGCAGACAAUACCUUGGUGCAGGUGGGCAUCAUGAGUUCCGGCAGCUGUGAUCCCAAUGGCCUCCCUGGCGUCUACACCCGAGUGUACGAGUACCGCUCGUGGAUCAAUGCCUACAUCAACCAGGAUACGGAGACAGAGAUGUAAACCUCCAAGACGCCGCUUCACUCUUUGACGCCUCUCCCCUGAGUUGCACUCUCAGCCCCCGUUGUCCCUUUAUUAGUUACAUGCUCUCUGGUUUCGUCGCCUUUGCAUUAAAGCUUUGAAUCAUU